UCUGGAAUUUCCUCCUCCUCCAUAUUGCUGCUCUGACAGUAGUGCUAGUGCAGCACCUUAUACCGGUUCGGAGGAAAGCUCGUCAUUGACGAGGGACAAUGCGCUGUUUGAACUCGUUGAGUUGGACGCUCGUAUUGGUGGAGUUGAGGUACGCGCUGGUCUAGAGGAGGCAAAGGAUGUAAAGGACGCAGUAAUUAUGGAUGUGGACGAGGAUUCAGCAGGAGUCAGGGUAGAUGUUGGUGGUUUACGAGAAGCUGGCCAAAACGAAAGGGAUGAUGGGACUGUGUCUCGGUCACGACAACAACAACAGCAGUCAUGUUCUACGAACAAGACAAGAAUUCCACAAGCACCAGAACACGAAAAGCCGCAGAUUCCUACAUUUCCGCAGGUGCGCGCCGUGUACGUCCAGGCUUCGUUCUCGCAGUUUCUUGAGGAGCUCCAUCAAGGCGUCUGGGAAUUUACCCUGCCGCCGCGUGGGUUGCUUAUGACUGAACAACUGAUGAUUUGAUCAGAAGCUGCGUUGAGAAUGAGGAUAUUUCAAGUGAUAUGGCAUGGGUCUGAAUGUACAACGUAGCAUCAUUACAAUAACUGAAACCGCUUUUUUUAUCCUAGGACCACUAGAAGCCCUCUUUAACUUCAUUAAACAUAUCUUGUGUCCUCUAAUCCAUGCGGUUGGCUACAACCGGAAGAAGAUGUUGCUGCGGAUGAGAAUGCUUGGGUUGCGACUGCGCUCUCUCAGUCCCUAAAACGUGUUUUAUCCAGGAUCACCUUUCCAGAAUUGAUACGUGGAGCGAGGGAGUUUUACGAAGGGGAGAGUGCGCCGGUGACGAGGUACUGACGUGAAAAGUGUAGGCUUGCAAAAUUUUUGCUAUCACGACUAGAACCCAAACGAGAGUGAGCAUGAGAGACACGUCCGCUGUUCAUACCCCUUUCGACCUCAACCUUCUCUCCAAGGACUAAGAUCAGGUAGCAUUAGCUGGCUUUAGGAGCACUUCUCAACAGAUACAUCUUUAGGUUGAGUACUACAGAAUCGGUCUCUCAAUAGCAGUUUGAGUUCGCUUUAUGAAGUCUCGUUCUAGAUAGAGUCUUAUAACAUUAUAACAUUAUAGGUCCAGCGGCGCUCAAAGUACUAAAUAAAACAACCGGUUAGUUUUACCUCUAGAGACUUAGCCCUUCCAACAAUAUAACUACGAGGUAUUUUGGCGACCGUCGGCGCAGCCACGAAGUUUACUCUAUGAGUCGCGGUGGGUGGUCUUUGGGGAAGCCGAUGGAGAUCGAGUACAUCCUACGAGAAGUUGCGUUUGAUCUCGAGACGGUAGGCGCACCCCCUUGGGUUUUGGAUUUUGAGGAGAUUGAUGUAAAAACUGUUGGAGAACAAGAACAUUCGGCUCCACCUAUCCGAGAACAACAACUGUCAGAAGCUUCUUCUUCAACUUCUCUCACCCGUGUGGCUCUAGAAUGUUCAGAAGACGAGGAGCAUCUUAGAGAGAGAUUCCUCCAUACUAUAUGGAUGAUGUCUUUUCUCCCAUUUUUAACAGACCAUCGAGGCUGAGACUUGUCGGAUUGUAUUUUAUUGUCUUGUAUUGCAUUGUAUCUUAUUGUAUUUUAUUGUAUUGCAUUGCUCCGCUUCUUCUUGAAAGUGUGUAGGUUAGAGGGGGGCAUCGAUGGUCUGUCUCUAGAGUGGAGAAAAAACGCCAUUUUUCAUACCGUAUGGACGAGCAGGAGGGGGCCACUGAUCCUGAGGAGACGAUGGGCGUUGAUGGAAUACGAACAGUACAAGGAGGAAUCCCGCUAAGUAGUAGUGCAUGCAUCGACGUUCAAGACCGAACAACUUCUGGGGAAGAGCUUGCUCGUGCUCUUGGACCACUUGCCAGCAUUCGACCAAGAUCAGAGGGAUUGCCCCCACUUAGAGCCGUUUUUCAUCAUUUUUUAGAAGAUCCUGACAGAAAAUCUGCAAUACAAAUUCAAGAUCGAAGUCUUUCACAGGCAGCUACAAGAAAUACGAUUGAAGCGAAGACCACCACUAUGACUGGAGCUAAAACACGUACCUUUACUGGAGCUAAGACGAGAACAGUACUGGAACCGACUGCAAAAACGCGCGGUGAAAUACGCAUGAGAGCGCUGAGGAGGAUGACGGCAGAACAUCAAGAGCACAACAGUUUGUGGAAGACUCUCAUCCCCUUUGGUACAGAGUCGGAGGACAUAGUGGUACUGCGUCGACAGGGGUUCUCGGGUCCAUCGUCAGCGUUAGACGCUGAGCUUGAAGCACAGUUGUUGGCAAUACGUGCUCGCGAGACGGUGACUCGAGAAUCAGGUGCGGUUUUAGAAGGUCUGGAAGGAAGGUCUUCGAAGCCGAAGACGCAUGAUGAUGGUGAAACAGGACAGGCAAUAGAAGCAGCGGCUGCGGCGACGAAUGGAGUUAAGGCCAUGACUUGUGACUUAGACUUGCAUUUCGAGGACCCUACGUUGCAUGAGCCUAUUCACAAUAGAGGAUUUCAGAACGAAACCAUUAGAAUUACAAACGACGUCGACGGCCGAAGCUGAUUUGGGCUUUGAAAGCCUUCUUCUAACUCUCGAGGUGAAAACCAGACCGCGCAGGAACGAGCAGAAAACGAGCUGCUUCGUAGCUUGACGCCGAUGCAGGCUUCAGAGCAAUGGACGCGCAAUAGCGGGAGACGCGUUUUAGUCGCUGUACCACUGUUACCCGGAGGAUUUCCGUCUGAAAGUGGCUCUCAAAGUGUAGCGAAGGUGAGGACUCUAGAGUUAUGUAACGCGGCUGACGCUGGCCUAGAACCUACAGCGAUUCGGAUCGAGUUCGAUUGGGAUUACGAUGACGGCAAGUUGCAUUAAGGCUUCUUUUUGUAAGGGUCUUGGUUGAAAGUACGUCUAACUAAGUAAAUCUAAUCAUGCAUAGAUCAUCAUUAUGCUUCUGCGUACUUCCAGACUUAACCUUCGUGGCAGGGUUAUGCUCUGGCAGAGCUCCAUGUCGUGGAGGACCAGCUCUAAAAAACCGACCCUCAGCAUCGCAGAGGUCCACAGAGUCUUAGAGUUUCGCUCCUCCUCGUCUACAAAGCUGCUGCUACAAAAGAUGCUAAAGAUUCUACAGCAAGGAACGAGCAAGAAGAAGGAGAACAAGCAGAAGAUGUCUUCAACGGAAGGAAGAGCAGUACUAGUAGUCCUGCUCAAGCGGCUGCAUCGUCUUCGAGGAAGAGCAGUAUUAGUAGUCCUGCUCAUCAGGCAGCUGCUUUGUCUUCGAGAAGUGCCUUGAGCAAUAUACAGCAGCAGCAGCAGGAGAGGGACGAUGUUGAAAUGUCUUCGGCAGCUUGUGGCCUGUCUCCUGGUACGGCUAGUUCGGUAUGGGAUACGGCAUCCAGUAGCUGCCAUGCAGGGUUGACGCCAUCUAGUAGUCCUAAUGUGGGUGGCAAUAGCACAAGUAGUGGGGCUUCGUCCACAGGAGCUUCUUCAUCGCGCUUUUUGUCGUUUCCUCCUGCUGCGGGUGCAAACAACCGAGUAUCAAGUAGAUUGUCAAAUAGUAGAACCACUGGAGGAACAUCUUUUAGUGAUAGAAAAAAGGGACCGAUUUUGUGGAUGCUCUCUGUCGAGAACAAACGUGCGUCAGGAGCGUUAGUGUUGCGGCGAGCCCAAGGGGAUCAUCAUAUUAUUCUGGUCCAAUACAAGCGCCGGCUCACCGUAGACGGCACGACGCAGCAAGUGCAGCGCUGUGUGUUUGUAUAGGAGAUUAUUGAUUUUGGAUGGCGACAUUUUCAGGUCAUAAAGGAAGUCUUCAGAUACAUAACGUUUUUGAUCUUUUGUUAGCUGGUAGAUGGUGUAAUGGACAGUGGCGACCGCAAGCAAAGAAUAUCAGGGUUCUUCCUAUGAUCAUACUUGCAGAGUUACGAGAGCGUCUUGUCUACACACCUCGCGACCCGUUCUUUCUCUUCAUGCUGCAUAAUCAGGGACCACGACAGACAACUUCUUUACUCACAUAUCAUAUCCAUGUUUCUAGAAUUAGAAAUAAUGAAGCAAUGAAAUUCAUCAGCAAGGCUGAAACCAUACAUAUAUUAAUUUGAUAUCGACAUGACAAGUCAAUGAAAAUCUCCCAGGAAUAAAGCAGGAUAUUGAAGAGGUUUGCGAAGCUACGAACAUAGAAGAGAAAUUCAUGAUAUAGUUAUAGAGAUUACCUUUAGCUUUAGCAGCUCCUUCAUGAUAAUGGCCAAGUUGUAGCACGACCAACAAUUAGAGACAACUUUGAAUUUUUGUGUACUAGAUUGAUGGUAUAAUCUUGUCCUUUGUGACAGAGGAUUUUUCAUCAUGGAUGGUGUCAUAGAAUCAGUCAGUAAGUGCCAUUUAUAGAUGAAGACAUGCACUAUGUAGAACUGUGCAUCACAUGUGCAUCGAAAAAAAGCUGUUCCUGCACAAGAAAGUGUAAGAACGUGGAAAGAUGUUCUGGCUCGGUGAAAAUUUUCUACGGGGGAGAGACUCUUUCUCCGUGGUAGACGCUGACGCGGCA